AUGGACGGCAAGUCCCCGGGUGCGGCGGCGAAGGGCACACAGAAGAAGUACUACCGGCUCGCCACGAAGCAUCACUUGUCGUGCCUGGACAUCCUUUUGCAAACGGCCACGGGUUCAGGGCUCAGCCAAUUCGUGCCCGCAGAUCGUUUGGAGGCCUUGAGAGAGGCAGAGGAAGCCGCCAAGAGUCAUGACCUGGUGAAGAAGCAGAAGCGAAAACGACAAAGAUCGGAGAUGCCGGCGGCAGAGUCGGGUGGGGCAGCAAGCCUGGCCGGAUUUCGGUAUCUUGUCCACGUGGAAGACUCUUCAUCAGUCAACACGUCCAGCAUGAUGUUCAUUUUGAACCACUUGCGGGCACAGUACGUCUGGUUCCCGGAUCCAUUUCACAUGAUCCACAACGUGGGGCUUAACGGGUUGAAGGAAGCCGGCAUGUACGGAGCCGUGCUGCUCAGCUCUGCUGCCAUGGAUGCGGUGGAGCCGAACUUCAUCGUGGAUGCAUCGGCUGAGUGGAGUCUCCGGCUCAUUCCACUCGUGUAUGCCGGCUUGCAGCUGGGCUACGUGAAGUCAACAGAGGGAUCCAAGAAGGUGCUGGAGCCUUUGUCUGCAGGCGAGCCGGCGAAGGAUGAAGAGGCGGCAGGUGCUGAGCCUUUGAGGUUUUUAGACAUCGGUCCGGCCAAGAUUUGUGACAAACUUGUCAUCCACGGAGAUGCCAGUGUUCGAGCUGAUGCCCUGGCCGUGUUGUAUGUCGAGAGGGAGCUUGGUCGGUUCUACAGCCAGACACGAGAGGCUUUGAAGAGCCGGCAGGCCUGCUUCGAGUUCUACUUGGGUAUGGCCAACGGAAAGGGUCUGGAUCACAUCUUGAAGAUUGGCGGCGACUUGAGCUUCAGAGAGCUCAGCAAGAUGGGAAUCAUGACCGAAGAGAUGUACAGCGAUUGCAACUUGAGGAAGAUUACUUCCAUGGAUCCUCAGCUUUUCCUGCAGGAUCACAUGAUGCAUCGACUGUUCAACCUCCGGUUCUGUGUUCAGAAGCAUCGUCUGCACGGUCUCGCCCUUUUCAUGUUUGCGUUGCCGUACAAGCUGGUGAGGCUGGCCUCUGGAGACUCCGAGGAGCAAGAGCUCGUGCGAACGGACCUCGUUCACCUCAUGAAAUGCUGGAGCCGUGUGGAGAGUCGAGCGGAGCCUUUCUGGAAAAAACUUUCGGAAAGGACUUGUCUGAUGUGGACACUAGUCAGGGUCAUCUUGGAUCGGAUCCAGCAGGACGGAGGACACGUCGGUGCGGAUGUGCGAGCUUUGAUCGGGAAUAUGUUUUCGCACGUAGGUCAUAGUGCUGUCAUAGAGGAUGCUUUUCAGCGGAUGAGAAGGCAGGAAACUCUGACGGAGGCAGGGUCCAACGUGUCGUCUUGUCGCUUGUGGAAAGUGGCCACAGAUAGCAAGCUGCUCGCCGAAACGUACAACUUCAGGGAGGUAGCCGCGGCGGAUAUCCCCGAGGAAAGGUUUGAAUCUCUGCCACCGAACUUUUUCGUGCCAAGGCAAAAGGACUGCUCUGUGCCACUUCGAAAUGUUGCAACUCUCUCCAGCACACCGGAUUGGAUUUCGUUUGCCCCUCCGUUUUUGCAGUACUCCGAGGACAUUGCUUUGAUAACUCAUUUGCACACAGUGCCUGAGCUGGCAUCGUGUGUUUGGAGAAGCAUCUUCAUGCCAAAGAAUUGCAUUGUCAAGAAUAAGAAACUCCCGGACAAGGAGAAAUGCUACCUGAACUUCGGCACCUCCACUGCAGGCUACUGCUGUAUCCUGUGGCCCCUGCAGAAGCAAGUGCCACUCCUGAAGCAUUGUGCUUUGACGUGUUUCGACAACAUCAACCUUACUCUGCUGAAGAAGCUGUGCAAGGACGACCUCGGCUUCACGGCUGAAGCUGGCAUCUCCCGUGUUGCACUGGCGAUGCAGGCCAUCGAGAAAAUCUUGAAAGUGAGCACAGACAAAGCAGCAGACAUCAUGCAGCAAUCAGUUGCAGGGUCAGUGCCGGAGCCUCACCAUGAACUCUUGGACUGCGAGGCUUUCGUGGAUUGUGUGCACAAAGACGAUCUGGACGACGUCAGAAGCCACAUAGAUCAAAAACAGAAGCUGCAGCGAGAGGUCUUUGACACAUGCAGAGAAGCCCGGGAAAUCAAGAUCAAGAAGUCCAAGAAGCCUGCAACAAAGAGGGCACGGGAGCCCACCUCUUUCAAGUCUCGAGAGGACUGGACUGCAGAGCAAGCUGUGGUGUUUGCCCCGCCAGAGACCCGGUUCUACAAGGACCAUUGGAAUGGCAGAUGGAUCAUGUUCUGCGGGGAGGGGCCAAUCAGUUCUCGAUUUUGCCGAAGCAGAUCUUGGGGUGCAACGGGGAGCGACACCAUAUGCAUCCGUGAUUUACUGCGGAAGGCGUGGGAGAGAUGGACGGCUCUCACAGGCGAGGAGUGCUGGGUGAAUUUUGACGGCACUCCGCCUCGUUCCUCAAGCAUGGUGGCCAAAAGCACUCCCAAGACCCGCCAGUGCAAGACGACCAAGAAAGCUCCGGAGCAAAUCCACAAGGAAAAGGUGGGCAAGAUGGAGGAAAGGAUCCAUCUCCAGAAUGAGAGUGCAGCACAGCUCAUCCAGAGUCGCAACUUGGAGAAGAUCAUGAGUGUGAUGAAAGAAAGGCCUAAGGUGGCCAAACACGUCUUGAACCUCAUCGAGAUUGGUGCGUUUGACAACUUGGAGAAGCAGGGUCCGAAGAAGAGCUACAUCAUGCUUUUCGGCUACAUGGCCCACAUCUCCCUCGAAAGUGCUUUGCCCACCAAAAAGGUCCCGGUGCUCACCAAGUUUUUCCAGGACCGGUGGCGAAAGUACGGCUGUAGAUUGGGUGGCGCCUUGGAUGCUCCUGACCACAAGGACACCUCGAUCCUUGCUUGGAUGCUCAACAAGCAGGCCGUCUACUGGAGCUUGGACGUGGAUGCGAAGGUUUUGCACUGCUUGGAUUCCGAGCUCGAGUUGCCGGACAGCAUGAAGGGCUUGGGAGCCGAGCUCAGGAAGGUCCACAUCGAGGAGCCUUUGGAUUGCUACAAGGCUGAGCUCGUCAUCACCGGGAUGAAGCGUUCAUGCAUCGAGCUGUGGGAGACGGAAAAGCGCGGACUUGCAGACCUGGACCUUCCAUGGUACAAGAAAGAAGUGCCACUGGAGGCUGAUGAUGGGGACUCGCAGUCCCAGCCCUCCGAGUCCCAGCCCUCUGCGGGCUCUUUGUUUGUGCGUGGGUCCCGAAAGCUGCCAAUGGUCGCUGCAUCACGAUUGCGAUUGAACUCCACCGACAAAAAGGGCAAGAACAUCGUGAAAAAGGAUCGUGCGGAGAAGCUCGAGGAGAAGAUCCAGGCUACGAAUGAAGAUGCCAUCCAGCUCAUCGCGACCAGGAAUCUGGAGAAGAUCAUAGCAGUUCUCACGGAACGGCCCAAGAUUGCAUCUCACAUCUUGAGCCUCAUCGAGAUGGGUGCCUACGAUUCCAUUGACAAGGUCGCGGCGACCACCGAGGCUGAAGAGAAGCUGCCUCCAUCGUGCAACAAGGUGGCUCUGCUGUCAAAGAAGGUCAUCACGGAUAUCAUCCUGACAUGCCUGCCCCACUGCUCGGAAUGGUUUCGGACUCUGCCCCGCAACGAGCCGAAGAAGAGCUACGUCGUGCUGUUCGGCUACAUGGCCCACAUCUCCCUGGAAAGUGCAGUGCCCAGCAAGAAAAUCCCGGUGCUCACUAAGUUUUUCCAAGAGCGGUGGCGAAAGUACGGCUGUAGAUUGGGUGGCGACGAUGAUGCUCCUGACCACAAGGACACCUCGAUCCUGGCUUGGAUGCUCAACAAGCAGGCCGUCUACUGGAAGGUGGACCUCGAAAGGAAGGUUCUCACCUACUUGGUGGAUGCGGAGGUCGAGUUGCCGGACAACACCAAGGGCUUGGGUGACGAGCUCAAGAAGCUCUACAUCGAGGAGGCCUUUGAUGUCCAGAAGGCUGAGCUCGUCAUCACCGGGAUGAAGCGUUCCUGCAUCGAGCUGUGGGAGACAGAGAAGCGGGGACUUCGAGGCUUAGAUCUUCCUUUCUUCAGAAAGGAGGUCGACAACAACUUGGAGUCUGAUGCUGAUGUGAAGCCGCUUCUCAUGAGACCAGCCGGUGACGGACAUGCUGAUGUGAAGCCGCAGCUCGUGCUACCAGCCGGUGACGGACAUGCUGCUGAUGUGAAGCCGCAACUCGUGCUACCAGCCGGUGACGGAAAUGCCGUUGUGAACUGA